GAGAGAACAAAAGAAGGGAGAGGGGCAGGGGAAAGGUCAAGACCAUUCGGGAAGGGCAGGGGAGGUCAAGUGGACGAGAGAAGAGCGAUCUUGGAGACGAUUUGUGGCUUCGUGGACAACAAGUUCAAGGUGCCUUCCAGAGCAGAGGGUCCGGUCUUAAACCCAUACCCGGACCAAGUGACGUUUUUAGUGAAUGAAGAAAAAACGUGUAAAGACCCCCCUUUGGCACUGGCACUGGUGGUCACUGCCCCUUCGAAUGCCAAGAAGAGGCACUUUAUUCGGAACACGUGGGGUCAUCCUGCCUUGGUCGAGGUCACGGGUAUUCGACCUCUCUUCGUUGUGGGUCAAACAGUGGAUCCUGCGGCACAGGCCACGCUUUCGCAAGAGACGUCCCAAUACCAUGACGUCAUCCAGGCCAACUUCCGCGACUCGUACCAGAACCUCACCUACAAAACGACCGCUUUACUCACGUGGGCGUCAACUUAUUGCUCUUCCACGCCCAUCGUCCUUAAAAUCGACGAUGACGUCAUACCCAAUCCCAUAGCCUUGCAGAAAUGGCUUAUUAACUUCCUCGAAUCGCAUCCCCAUCCUAGCGAAAUCAUGGGGAAGGUGAGGUGCUGCGAUCCUGUGCUUCGUUCAGGAAAGUGGGGUGUCUCGGAGGAACGUUAUCCUGGGAAUUCUUACCCUCCGUACGUGGCUGGUCCUUCGUAUAUGGUGCCGAUGCCCGUGGUGUCUGCCCUGCUACAGGCUGUUAGGAGGACGGAAUUUUUAUUCUUGGAAGACGUCUAUACAACCGGACUCGCCGCCAAGAAAGGAGGAAUCUCUCACUAUAACAUAUUCACUCUUACAAACUCUCUACCCAACAAAAUUGACGUGUUUUGGUGUUCGGGAGCAAGAGUAUUUCAAGAAAAUGUAGGUCUAAAAGAAGCAACGAGAGGCUGGAACAAGAUUCGUGAGUUAGAGGGCAUCAUUGAACCUCCAGAAUAUGUCUUCACUCCCUGACAUUCAACUGUUAUCGUUCCUCUUAUUUUCCCUUCGUGGUCUGAGUUUCCGUUAUGAACUUUCUACUGUAUGUUUGUUUUUGUACUUUGUAUUUUUCCUUAGCAUAUGUCUUUGGCAAUACUCUUUGCUAAUUAUUUACUUACUUUUAUA